GUUUGUUAAUCACUAGCUGGUGUCAUAGUCGCCUUUCCUGAUAUGGUUUAGAUACUAGGAGAAGAUACACGUGCACUUGGAACGUGAUAUUGUUUAGAUGUUUUUGUGUAAUACUUCCGUACUAAAUAAUUGAAAUACAUUAUCUAAACAUAAACAUUUGGAAUAACCAGCGAGGCCUCACUAUGUAACCAGGAAGUACACUGUAGCUGUGCGCACACAAGGCUAGACUGAGUCAAACUGCAGUGUUAAAAUAACUGCAUAUACUGGAUUCUACACAGUGUACGAGGAUGCAGGGAAGGAGAUAUAUCGACCCUCAAGUUUACAUUCCUCCGCCUGACUAUACAUACGACAACAACGUAGGACGACAUGGGAACCACAAUCCAAGUCGAUUUGCCCAUGAACACCUUAAUCCACAUUACCAUCCGCCUCGUUAUACUGAAAGCGAAUACUCGGCUUCAAACUAUGCAUCGCUCAACGGUAAUACUGUUAACAACUUCAGCUAUGUCUCACCCGGAGAGGCGCCUCGGUCUAACACCACAGAUUCCCUAUACGACUAUGUUCAAGAUGGUUAUCCACGGCCUAAUAUCCAUAAUGACGAUACUGCAUCCAAUGACAGUUCACAUAAGACUGCAAACAGUUACCUCUCGUUUGGAAAUGCGAAAAAUCCUGAUUUGAAGAGGAAGUCCCGGUCAACCAGAAUUCUGAUAGCUGUGGCAAUAGUCAUCGUAAUAGGUCUCCUGACAGCCGGCGGAGCUUUCUUAUAUGAGAGGGUAUUAAAAGAGGAAAUCUCAGAAGCAGACACACAGCAAGGGAAUCGUCCAGUAGAUGGAACAUGGACUGACUGGCCAGAGUGGAGCACCUGUUCUGUGACAUGCGGCGAUGGUAUUAUGACUCGCAACAGAACCUGCGAUAAUCCUCCUCCUUCAUUUGGCGGAAAUGACUGCGAAGGUUUAACAUCUGAAAAUCAGAGUUGUAUUCUUACAAACUGCUCUGUGAAUGGAAACUGGAGUGAAUGGCUACAAUGGGACUCCUGUUCAACAACUUGUGAUGACGGCGUCAAAAUCCGCAACCGAACCUGUGAUAAUCCUGCGCCGGUAUUUGGCGGAGAAGACUGCGAAGGAUCUGCAACGGAAACACAAAGUUGUAUACUUGCCAACUGCUCUGUGAAUGGAAAUUGGAGUGACUGGCUACCUUGGGAUGCAUGUUCUGCAUCUUGUGAUGAAGGCGUCAAAACGCGCAACCGAACUUGUGAUAAUCCUGCGCCGGCAUUUGGAGGUGAGGACUGUGAAGGUUCCUAUACGGAAGAAGAAGUGUGUAUGUUGAAACAUUGUCCUAUAGACGGAAACUGGAGUUCCUGGCAAAAUUGGAAUGACUGUUCAACAACCUGUGGUGGGGGCAUCAGAAACCGCACAAGAAACUGUGAUAAUCCUACUCCCCAGCACAAUGGCCUGGACUGUGUUGGACCAAACUCGGAAACAUCAGGUUGUGAUGAGGCGACUUGCCCUCCCCCUGGUGUUUGGGGUAACUGGUUGGAGUGGAGUGACUGUUCCAAAACUUGUGGUGAAGGGGUGAAAAUCAGGACGAGAAACUGUGAUAACUCUGCCGGUGGAGAAUGCAUUGGGGACAACUCGGAAACAAAGGAUUGUCAGGAUUGGGUAUGCUACGACGCAUGGGGAGACUGGAGUGAGUGCAGUUUCACGUGUGGAAGUGGUAUAAGGACCAGGGAAAGGACAUGUGAGGAAGUACAGACCGGACAGAGAUGUGGUUGGCAUUAUCCCACGUUUAAAGCCCAAAAGACAUGCACUAACCCAGCGCCUUGUGAGUCUGAUUUUUGCGAGAGCAGAAGUGCGAGCUGUUCGUACAGUCAUCCCACAAGGUGUGACUUUUACAUCACAUGCGAUGCAGGCAAGAAUACGCACCAACGAAUGUGCAAUGUUCUGAUGUGGUACAAGGUGAACGCCAGCAACCCAUGUGAAGGAGACUGCGACUGGGAGGCGAAUGUCCAGUGUUCCUUAUAAAAUUGCCAUAGCUCUUGUUAGCCGCGGC